AUGGCCGGGGGGAGUCAAUCUGGUGGCAUGUCUGCGAGAGAUGCUGCUGCCCUGCCUCCCCUGCUGAGCUUUCCGCCCCUCCUGCUGCUACUAUGGCUUCCCAUCCCGCUGCCUCUCCCCACCCCUGCUGCUCGUCCCAUCCCUGCCUCCCGCGCUGCUCCUCCCACACCUCCUGCCCCUUCCACCUCUGCUGCUUGUUUCACGUAUACUGCUGCUGCUAUGUCUUCUUGUGCUGCUCCCUCUCCCACUCCUAUUGCCUCUUUCACUCCUGCUCCUGGUCCCUCUCCCACUCCUAUUGCCUCUUUCACUCCUGCUCCUGCUGCCUCUCCCACUCCUACUGCCUCUUUCACUCUUGCUCCUGCUGCCUCUCCCACUCCUACUGCCUCUCCCACCCCUGCUGCCUCUCCCACCCCUGCUGCCUCUCCCACCCUUGCUGCCUCUCCCACCCCUGCUGCCUCUCCCACCCCUGCUGCCUCUCCCACCCCUGCUGCCUCUCCCACCCCUACUGCCUCUCCCACCCCUGCUGCCUCUCCCACUCCUGCUGCCUCUCCCACUCUUGCUGCAAUGAGCAUCUGUGCUGCUGCUGGUCUAGGGGUAGAAGGCCAUGUGGGCGAUGCUGUUGUCACACUUGUCUCUGAUCCUGCUGCUAGUGGGGGGCGUGUAUGUGGUGCUGCGGGGUGUGCGACGGUGGAGGGUGGUGGUGUGAGGCUGAAGAACUGCUCAGGGUGUGGCAAGGUGGCGUAUUGCAGCAGAGAGUGCCAAAAAGGCGUAUGCACAGUGCUGGGCACAGGGAGAGUUGUGAAGAGGGUGGCCAAGGCAAGGGAAGGAAGGGUGAGAUGGGAGAUCAAGGGGAGUGCCCUGUGCCCCUAG